GAAACUUCCUUGGUUGGAACCAGAUGAAGCAGCAGUAUAACUGUAAAUUGUAAACAAUAUGAGAAUAGCGCUUGAGGUUACAAUAAAACAAAAUGUUUGAAGCACAAGAUAUUAACGCCGAACAUAAAGAUCUUAUCCACGAUGUUGCUUUUGACUUUUAUGGCGAGCGCAUGGCCACGUGCUCCAGCGAUCAAUAUGUUAAAGUUUGGGAUCAAAGUAGCGACGAAAAAUGGUCGCUUACGUCGAGUUGGAAGGCACACAGUGGUUCUGUUUGGAAAGUAACAUGGGCUCAUCCAGAAUUUGGUCAAGUACUUGCUACAUGCUCAUUUGACCGCACUGCAGCAGUUUGGGAAGAAAUAGUUGGUGAGACCCCUGGACCAGGUGAGAGAGGUACAAGACAUUGGGUCAGAAGGACAAAUCUGGUUGACUCCAGGACUUCUGUUACUGAUGUUAAAUUUGGCCCAAAAGAAGGUUUACAGCUUGCAACAUGCUCUGCUGAUGGGGUUAUUCGAAUCUAUGAAGCACCUGAUGUGAUGAAUUUGAGUCAAUGGACACUUCAACAUGAAGUGCAAUGCAAAUUAUCAUGCAGUUGCUUGAGUUGGAAUCCAAGUUUAUCAAAAAUGCAUCCACAAAUGCUAGCUGUAGGCAGUGACGACGCAAACUCGGCCAACGGUGGAAAGGUGUUAAUAUUUGAGUAUAGCGAGAACAGUCGUAGGUGGACGAAAACUGAAACUUUAAACAAUAUCACAGAGCCUGUCCAUGACCUUGCAUUUGCACCCAAUUUGGGUAGAUCAUUCCAUAUUCUAGCUGUAGCAUCAAAAGAUCUUAAAAUUAUCAACUUGACACCAAUCAGUGACAAUUCAAGCAUUCAAAGUGGUUUAUCUCGACUUGACAUGCAACCGGUUGGACAUUUUGAAGAUCACAACAGUACAGUGUGGAGAGUAUGUUGGAAUGUUACUGGGACAGUUGUAGCAUCAAGUGGUGAUGAUGGAAAUGUUAGAAUGUUUAAAAUGCAUAGCAUAAGCACAUGGAAGCCGGUUGCAGUUUUAAAAGGUGAUGGAUCGCAAGUGCCCAACGAUAGCCAUCGCAACUCGGUGGCUUCCACAAACACGCAGGGAAUGUCGCAGACAGCCAGCGCGCAAGGUCCUUUAAACGCGGUGCGGCGAGGAGUCAACUAUGCCACCAAACCGGCAAAUUACCCACAAAAUAUUCCUCCAUACCUUUUCAAACGAAUACGCCAAAGUUUUAACUCGAUUUAGUUGCAGGCAACAAUGAACGUAACCGGCCAAAGAAACAGCAACACUUAAUUGAUAUCUACUUGAAAGUACAUUUGUUUUUGACCUUGCCCACAUGCUAAUUGUGAUAGUAUUAAAUUUGUCUCUAUAACAGGGUAUUAGUAAUUAGGAAUUUAGGAAUCUAUAAACUAAUUUCUUGAAGAUUCCAACUGUGAUGACUUGUGUACACGCAAAUAAGAUGAACUGUUAGUGGGAUAUUACAUUUAUUUGGGAAGAAAUGUAACAACAUUAUUUUGUUAUUGUUGCACAACAAAUAAUAAAGAAAGUUAUUUAUGA